AUGAAGCUCCUCGCCCUUCUCUCUAUCCUCCCUCUUCUCCUUGCCGCCCCUGCUCCCGCCGCCGAGCCAGCCUCCUACAACCCUCUCUUUCACCACAAGCCUCACUCUGGGUCCAAUCACAUCCCAGUCGUCAAGCGUGGGCUCGGCUCUCGCGCGGAAGCUCAGCAGAACAACCCCGAGUACUUUCAAAAGCGUGACGGCUCCAAGGUGGACCCUGUGAAGAGAGGCGUGGUGACAAAGGUGGUAAAGCGAGCCGCCAGCACUUGUUCGGUGGCUACCUACACUGAGCUGGUGACUUCUGUCACUACUGUCACCCCGGGGUCUACGCCGACUUCGUCUGCCUUUACAUCGAGUGCCAUGGGCAGCAGUGGCACUCUGACGGCAUCCGACACUUUGGCGACCGGCUCUGCGUCCGGCGUACUGGCUUACGUCAACUCGACCAUCGAGAGCUCAAGUGCGACGACUUCAGACUACUUUUCCAGCGCCAUCACCUCUUCUGCCACGGACACUUCCCUCAGUGCAUCCGUGACGGCGUCAGCCUCGCAGAAUGUGAGCGCAGAGUCGCUUGCGGUCUCCGCCACAGGCUCUGUCCGCUCUGGCUCGGCGUCUGGGGUUGCUUCGAGCACCGCUUCAUCCUCAACCCUCAUCUCGAGCUCUGGCAGCUCUACAAUUUCUUCCUACCCGUCUGCGUCUGCCUCCAGUAGCGCCCCACUCUCCUCUUCAUUAUCGGGCUCCGGUAGCUCUUACGCCUCCCCAUCCGUCUCUACCUCCAAAAAGACCAAAUCCAAGACAAAGACAACCAAGUCCAAAGCUUCUUCUUCGACCGCUGCUGUGAGCACAACUAAGGCUGCGCAAUAUGCCGUGAGCUCCAGUACUGCUGCGUCGUCGGCGACAGUCACUUCCAGUGCUAGCGUUGGGUCAGCCUCUUCCUCGGCUGUUAUUUCCUCAACGUCUCUCGCUGGCAGUAGCUCGGUGUCUUCCUCUACCGGCCUCACUUCUACAUCUGCCCAAUCUUCUUCCACCUCCUCAUCCAGCGCUACAUCCUCAGUCGGUACAUCCACGGUCGCCACGUCCACUACAUCCUCCGCCGCCGCCACCACAACCACCUCCAUCUCCGCCGAUCCCUCCGGCGACGGUCCCUACUCGGGGUGGGGCACCUGGUUCUAUCAGAAUGGAGUAGCCGGCGCUUGUGGGACCGUGCACGCGGAUACCGACUAUGUCGUCGCCGUCUCUCAGACCUUGUUUGACAACUGGCCCAACUACACUGGCUUGAACCCCAAUAACAACCCUAUUUGCGGGCACCAGGUCAGCGUGACUUGGGAAGGUACUACGAUUACUGCGACCGUUGCCGACAGCUGUCCCAGUUGCAAUGAGCGUCAGCUCGAUCUCUCCCGAAGCGCCUUUGCAGCGCUCACGAACAGUGACUACGACAUCGGUCUCUUGGGAGCUGAGAUCAAUGGUGAAGCGUACAACGAAGACCUUGUCUGGUCUUGGAUCAGCUAG